ACGACACUGCACUGUGUCAACGUGCUUUUCAUGAUAGGAUCGCGUAGUAAACAGAGGUGCGAGGGGAGCUCAUUACUACUGAAGAAAUAUAUGCAAAUGUCACGAGGAAUCGCUGUUCGUUGGAUGAAGCUUUACCGACGAGAAAAUAUUAUGCAUACAUUUGAUGGUUAGCGGACCAGUUUAAUUUCUAGAAUACAAAAUAAGUUCAACAUUAAACUAGCCAAACUAGCCUCCCCUCUGGCAUAACGAUAGCAGCUGAUCAUUUUUCCCUGUGCGAAACUAGUUUUUUUGUAAUGAAUUUCUCAGAUUAUGCUGCUGGUUUGCAAAUCUAGGACAACGUGAUCUCGAGGAACAAUAAAUCAGCUAUUUUUCAUCCAUGGUGGUUGCAAGUUGUAAAGAGAUGGAUGGUAUCGGGAACACAAUGCAGAAGAAGGCUGCGGAGCUCGAGCGCAUGGCCGAGGUUCUGGUCACCGGAGAGCAGUUGAGGUUGCGUCUACAUGAAGGGAAGGUGAUUAAGGACCGCAGGCAUCACCUGAGGACGUAUCCCAACUGCUUCGUGGCCAAGGAGCUGAUUGACUGGCUGCUGGAGCACAAGGAGGCGUCAGACAGAGACACAGCCAUUAAGAUCAUGCAGAAACUCCUUGACCAGAGCAUCAUCCAUCACGUUUGUGACGAACACGAGGAGUUCAAAGACAUGAAGCUCUUCUAUCGCUUCAGGAAAGAUGACGGGACGUUUCCGCUGGACAACGAAGCCAAGGUCUUCAUGAGGGGACAACGGAUAUAUGAAAAGCUGAUGAUGAACACAGAGACGUCCAUCCUAGCGACUCGGGAAGAAGAGGGUGAGACGUUUGAACGGACGCUGGUGGCCUCCGAGCUUGUCGAUUGGCUGCUGGUGGAGGGAGAGAUGGCAACCCGAGAGGAGGCGGAGCAUCUUGGACGGAGGCUUCUAGAACACGGGAUCAUGCAGCAUGUGACCAACAAGCACCACUUUGUGGAUGGAGGACUGCUGUACCAGUUCAGACUGAACUUCAGGAGGAGACGGCGUCUGAUGGAGCUGCUGAACGAGCGCUGUCGUACCAUCCCAGAGAGCCAUGACAGCCCCUUCUGUCUCCGCAAACAGAACCCAGAGGGAGGCAACACCAGCUUCCUAUCUGUGAGUCCUACUAAAGAGAUCAAGAUGAUAGUGGGGAUCCGUCGCAGCAGCAUGAGUAGCAGCUGUGGCAGUAGUGGUUACUAUAGCAGCAGUCCCACCCUCAGUAGUAGCCCCCCAGUGCUCUGCAACCCAAAGUCAGUGUUGAAGAGACAAGUGAAUCCUGAGGAGCUGCAGACCCCAGGAGGCCCCUACAUAAAGAAGACAUUCACAAUCAUGGGGGACGCGGUGGGCUGGGGCUUCGUGGUGCGGGGUAGUAAGCCCUGCCACAUCCAGGCUGUCGACCCCAGUGGCCCCGCAGCUGCAGCUGGGAUGAAGGUAUGUAACACAAACACUCACACACACCACGGCACACGCACACAC